AUGUCUGAGCUAGGAAUAUUUGUGUCGUCGAUUCCGCCCGUGACACGGACAAUCACCUUGACGUCGCUCGUGAUGGGCGGGUUGCACUCGUUGCAACUGAUCCCGAUCACUGCGUUCACGUGCCACUUCCCAUUGGUGUGGCAGAAAUUCGAGGUGCACCGGUUGUUGACGGGGUUUCUCAUCCCCAACCCGCAGGCGAUGCAGGGGAUGAUGGAGAUCUACAUGAUGUACAGCUUCUCGAAGGGCCUUGAGGAGAGCAAGUUCAAGAAGAACCUCCCGGACUACAUCUAUUACUUUGCGAUCGUGUUGCCGAUCAUCCUCGUGGGCUCGUACGCGGCAAUGCCGCCGCUGUACUCGUUGAGUCCGGCGUUGUUGUCCGCGUUGACCUUCACCUGGUCGAUCUUGAACUACAACCAGCAGGUGAACUUCUACUUCAUGCCCAUCAAGGCGUCGCUUCUCCCGGCGGUCUCGUUGGGGUUCCGCCUUCUCGUCGACGGCCAGGAGAGCUUCAUCUUGGCCUUGCUGGGCUUUGCCGCCGCGUACGUCUACAACUGCAUCGAGACGCGGUCCCUGGGUCCACUCAUGUCCAUCAUCACGGGCAAGGAGCCCGAGGUGAACCCGAACAACAACCGUCUCGGCACCGUCAACACCAUGGCCCACGCCUGGUUCUACUCGACGGGCUACCUCGGGGCGCCCCGCUGGCUGCGCCGCGUCCUCUCGAGGUUCACCGGCGUCGACUACGACUCUCCGACCUACAACCGCAGAGGCUUCACCGCCUUUGCUGCCAAGAAGAGUACCUCUGCCGGCACUGGGUCCUCCGCCGCCGCUCGUGCAGCCGGCAACGUCUUCUUCCGUGGAGAGGGCAGGCGUUUGGGCAGCGGCAAGGAGUAG